UGCUAAGUCGCCAUUUUGUACGUAGCCGGGCACAAGAAAUAGAGUAUUUAGGAAGAAUUAUGACGGUUGGAGUGUUUGCAUAGACGUGAAAUACAGGAAACUCGUAGACCUAAAAUAUUUUGAGCGCUGAGCGUGUGACUGUUCCUGUUUCCUGCUAAAAGAACAUCGGACGUCCGUGCUUCGUAUUUGCCAUAUUUGAAGUCUAUUGAAAGACAGCAAGGUCUCAGCAGACUGAAAACUGUUUCCAGGAGCAAUAUUCAAGCCCUUCUUUCGGAUCUAUGCAUCAGAAUAACCACUUCACAAUAAAUGAGUAAACUAAUCCUGCCAUUACAUGUCGGAUAUAGAGAGCGCUCUUAAGGCGUUGGACUUUGUUGGUAUUCUGAAGAUAUUUCCUCGAGAAUAACAUGUGUGCAGUGAUCUGUGUGAUAUCGUCAUGCCCAGUAUUGACAUUCAUGUAGUGUUUUCAGUUCUGUGAAAAAGCCAAAGACAUCAAAACAUUGAGGAAUGAGACAUCGAAGUGGGGGUCAUGAUUAGAUGUCAGUGCAUUUUGUGCCUUUAUGUUGGAUAUUUUCCAAUGUUGUUGACGUCAGAAUAUAAUGGCAUUUAUUAUGACUAAUCGCCUCUCAACAUACACGUCAAUCGUAAUGUAGAUAGGAAAUAUCAAGACUUAUGUACAUACGUUAGUUUUUAUAAAUUCAUGCCGUCAACCCUAAGGACUGAAAAACAAUAGCCAAAAUGACUAUAGCCACUAGAGGACAGGGUGUUGCAGUAGAUCCACCAGAUGGUCAACUCACCACUCAUGGCUCACAGCCACAGAUUGUUCCUCCUGUCAGCAUGGGUACUAUGCAGUUGUCUCCUGAAACUGGUGUGGUGGGAAGCAAUGACUCUUUGCCAUUAGAGCAGCAACAGCCUCCACCACUUCCAUCACCUCAGCAAAUCUUACCGCAGCAUCAAAUACAGCUCCCUGCGGAACUAAUAGCUUCUGAAGAUGGAAGCAUUCCAGAGCCUGAUUUUCCUCAUGCUAAGCUGGCAAUGCUUGAAGAAAAGAUAUCCAGCCCACGUUGGGUAGUUCCUGUGUUGCCUGAACAAGAAUUGGAGGUGCUAUUGAAUGCAUCAAUAGAUCUGUGCAGAAAAGGUUUAGAUGUACAUAGUGAAGCAUGCCAGCGGUUUUUCCGUGAAGGUUUGACUGUCUCUUUCACAAAGAUAUUGACAGAUGAGGCAGUAAAUAGUUGGAAGUUCAAUAUUCAUCAUUGUAUUUAUCAGAACUGUGAACGUUUGGUGGAACUGUGUGUUGUAAAACUCUCACAGGACUGGUUUCCAUUACUGGAUCUUCUGGCGAUGGUAUUUAACCCAAACAAUAAGUUUCACGCCUUUAACAGUUCUCGACAGUCAGAAACUGUGCCUCCAGGCUCUAACAUUCCAGAGGAGGAAUUAUUUGCCCGUCCACCUCCGGAUUCUCGGGCAUGUCGAGGAUGGCUUGUUGAUCUUAUUAACAGGUUUGGCAACUUAGGUGGUUUCCAGAUCCUUUUGGAGAGGUUCCAGAGUGGAAAGAACCUAACUGUAACUGUUAUAUAUGCAUUAAUUCGACCAUUUGGGCUCUGUUAUGAAUUUCUGACUGUCCAUACAAUCACAAAAUAUCUUAUGCCAAUAGUAGAAAUGAUUCCUGGGAUUCUAGAUAAUCUGACAGAUGAUGAACUGAAGAAAGAAGCAAAGAAUGAAUCAAAAAAUGAUGCAAUAUCUGCUAUCAUAAAGGCAGCAAAAUGUUUGGUAUCUCGUGUUCCUAACCAGGAAGAGAUGAUAAAGAACCUCGAAAUAUUCAGACUGAAGAUGAUACUCAGGUUGCUUCAGAUCUCCUCAUUCAAUGGAAAGAUGAAUGCUCUUAAUGAGGUUAACAAAGUAAUAGCUAGUGUAACUUACUACCCUCAUCGUCACACUGGCUUAGAAGAGGAAGAGUGGUUGACAGCGGAGAGAAUGGCAAAAUGGAUAAAAGAAAAUAAAGUUCUGCAAAUUGUCCUGAGGGACUCACUCCAUCAACCACAGUAUGUUGAGAAAUUAGAAAAAAUUUUAAGGUUUGUUAUCAAAGAGAGAGCAUUAACUUUAGAAGAUCUCGACAAUGUGUGGGCUGCACAAGCUGGGAAACAUGAGGCUAUAGUUAAAAACGUUCAUGAUCUCCUUGCCAAGUUAGCAUGGGACUUUUCUCCGGAGCAACUGGAUCACCUUUUUGUCUGUUUCCAGUCUAGCUGGACGAAUGCUAACAAGAAGCAGCGAGAGAAACUGCUGGAGUUAAUUCGGCGUCUUGCUGAAGAUGAUAAGGAUGGUGUUAUGGCACAUAAGGUGCUCACACUGUUUUGGAAUUUGGCACAUUCUGACGAUGUGCCAACAGAAAUUAUGGACCAAGCACUGACAGCUCAUGUUAAAAUUUUAGAUUAUAGUUGUUCACAAGAGAGAGAUGCACAGAAAACGGUGUGGCUGGACAAAUGUGUUGAAGAGCUGAAAACAGGGGACAAGUGGGCAUUGCCUGCAUUGAAGCAGAUAAGAGAAAUUUGCUGUCUGUAUGAACCAUCACCAAAUAUGAAUCACAGUCAGCGUGGCCAUCACAUGUACUAUCGGCAAGAAGUUAUAGAGAGACUACAAAGUCAACAUAGUCUGGUAAUUUUGGUUACAAACAGCUUAACGACAUACAUGGAGAAGAUAAGAAAUACUGUUAAAGAGAACCCAGAUAUUGAUCCAAAUAAUUAUUAUCCAGACGGGAGAUAUAACCACAAUCAGCAGGUGCAAGAGCGAUUAAAUUUCCUUCGGUUUUUGUUAAAGGAUGGCCAGUUGUGGCUGUGUGCAGACCAGGCGAAACAGAUAUGGAAGUGCCUUGCGGAGGAAGCUGUCUUUCCGUCUGACAGGGAAGCAUGUUUCAAGUGGUUUUCAAAACUCAUGGGAGAAGAGCCUGAUCUUGAUCCUGCAAUCAAUAAAGAGUUCUUUGAACAUAACAUAUUGCAGCUGGAUCCAUCACUGUUAACAGAAAGUGGCAUGAAAUGUUUUGAGCGAUUUUUUAAGGCUGUAAACUCCAAAGAGGGGAAAUUGAAAACCAAGAGGAGAGCUUUCUUAAUGGAUGACGUAGACUUAAUAGGAAUUGAGUAUUUGUGGCGGGUUGUGACGAAUAGUGCAGAUGAGAUAGCAAAUAGAGCUAUUGAACUAUUGAAAGAAGUGAACACGAACUUGGGGCCACGAUUACAAGGUUCACUUGUAGAUUUCCAUGAAACAUAUAUUUCAGAGUGCCUCGAUCGGCUUAAAGCUCAUUAUGAUACAGUUUCUAUUUUAUUGAGGGAUGAUGUUGGCUGUAGUAAUAAUGAAAAUGUUCUACAGAAUGUGGGAAACAGAUUCAGUGAAUUUAGUGUAGAUGAGGUGAAAAAAGACGAAAUGCUAGAUGAAGCGAUGGUCAUGCGAUUGAGGGGAGAAGCAGUAAAAAUGUGUCGUGUGAUGAAGGUGCUCCAGGAAUACAUAGGAGAAUGUGAUGGCGACUUCUCUGUGGAAAGGAAGAUUCUUCCCCUUCACAGGGCAUGCAGAGGAAAGCACUUGUCGUUACUUGUACGGUUUUCAAAUCCGGGUCGGCCAGUGGAUGAUAUUGACAUUUUCACACAUAGUAAUGAUACCUUAGCAUCCUUGCGAAGGCAGAUUUUGCGGCGGAUCAAAGCAAGUGGAACUAAUGUCAAGUUGGACCUAUUCAUUAAUGGAGAACUGCUUGAUCCUGCUGAUGACAGGAAACUUUUGUCACAGAUACCACUCCGCGAUAAAAUGCUUCUGUCAGCAAAAUUAUGUCAGGUAAAUUCCAAUAUGCCAAGUUCACCAGACAGCAGCUCUGAUAGUUCAACAAGCUCUCCACAGCAUCCAUAUGAUGGGCCAAAUCUGGAAGCAGAGAACAUUCUUCCAGGUGUUCUUAUGUCGCAGCGGCCACAUUGCGCACAGUUCUUCUUCCAGUUAGCUGAUUUGGGUUGCCGUCUGCAGUAUCCGCCAUUGCGUGAUGGAGCCAGAACUCUCUUAAAAUUAAUACCACCUGAUGUAUAUACAGAGGAAUGCUUGCAAGCACUUUUCCAGAGCCAUGCUCAUGGAGAAACGUCAUGUCCAUCAGCUACUGUUGACAACAUGUUCUUUGCAUCUUCACCAUCACAAGUCUUGUAUAAUCUAGAGGUGAUGUAUGCAUUACUGAUGCCAGCACUGGAUCCAAUGUCUGAGAAAGCUUUUGAAUUCCAAUAUAACUUCAUGAGAAGUGGGGACGCUCCUGUUAUCCUUGAAAUGUUAACAAAAAAUAAUUUUCUCGCAAAUGCUGAUGUAGCUACAAAACGGUCAGCAUACCUAACAGUACUGAAGAUGAGCAAGCUGCUUUUGUCAGUAGUUGGCCAUGUAAUUGUACGUGUUAGGGAUGAUCCUCCACCCACUUCUGAAAUGACAGACUAUGUGGUACCAGAAACAAACAGCAGUACAGUAAAUCUAAACAACCAUAGCAAUGCGAACACCAUAUCUCACAAUCCAAUGUCUGUUCUGCGGCAGGCUCUACUUAACAUCCCCAAUCAAAACACAGAAUACAUGCUGCGGAGUGUGGCAGCAAAAGUUGCACAGAGUCUGGCAAAAGAGAUGGUGCUAUCUGAUGACAGUGAUAGAUCUCGGUUAAUGUUCCUUCAGGCACUUCAAUGGGACCUACCAGAUAUCAACACCAUUCGAGCUGUUGUGCGGUUGGCAUGGGCUGCAAGCAGUGGCAGCCUCCAUCUACUUAAUGCUUCACCAGAAGAACUGCAUCAGAUGCAUGACAAAAUGUCAACCAAAGUACCUGAUACAGAAGAUGUCCUAGUAUGUAAAGAAGCGUUGGAGGUUUUGACGAUAGCGCUUGUGCUGAAUCCAAAGGCUUUGGAGAACUUUACAAGGGAAAGGAUGUGGCAUACAUUUAUAAUUGACUUGGUGCUUUUGUGCAAAAACAGAUCUGUCAGAUUGUCUGCUGCUGAACAGUUCUUGAUGAUGUCAACAUGGUGCAGUGGAGGGCAACAACCGCUACAAUUCUGCAUCUCCCUCCUCUUUAGUGUACUUAACAAUAUUGUAGUUGAGAAUGCUAGAAAUUCACAUGAAUACUUUCAGCUGUUAUGUCGACUGGUGAACUGUGCUUUCAUAUCUGGUUGUCCUGUGCCUAAUGCUGAAACUUUGCUCAAUAAUGAGAUUUCCUGGCUGAAAAAAAUCAGGGAGAAUGUAAAGGAGACUGGAGAGACAUUUGUUGAUGAAGCUGUCUUGGAGGGUCAUCUUGGAAUUGCAAAAGAAUUGUUAUCUUUCAUGCCACCAGAUAAGAAAUAUGAAAUAGGCUCUGAAGAAAAGAAGAGUAUUAACCUAAUAAAGGAACUGGUUGAAGAUUUUGUUUUUCCAGCAUCACAUUUAAUGCUUCACCUGCAGAAGACAGGGGAGCUGUGUGCAGACCAGGCAAUACCUGUAUGUUCAACACCACUGACAACAAAUGCAGCCUUUGAUUUGCUUGUGGCUCUUUGCAUAGCUUGUGUUCCAAACAUGAAGUUACUUGUGGAGAUGCUCACAGAAAUGUUCUACUCGGAGCGUGAUGAACCGUUAGUGGAAUGGGAUUACCUUCCUCCCGUUGGACCAAGGCCACCAAAGGGGUUUGUGGGUCUCAAAAAUGCUGGUGCUACCUGCUACAUGAACUCUGUAUUACAACAGCUUUAUAUGGUACAGAGUAUCCGUGUAGGGAUUUUGGCAUCAGAAGGUGCAGCCAUUGACCUGAAUGAAGACUUCAGUGGAGAAGAGAGGCUGGAAGGCGAGGGGACCUUAGAGCCAGCUGAAAAUGAUUGUAAUGAUGAAAAAUGUGGCAUUGAAGAAUCUCGUAAGGAGUACAAUAUUGGCAUUUUGAAACAGGUCCAAGCAAUCUUUGGACACUUAGCUUAUAGUAAGCUGCAAUAUUAUGUGCCACGUGGCCUGUGGAAACAUUUCAAGUUGCAAGGUGAACCUGUUAAUUUACGUGAACAACAAGAUGCUGUAGAAUUUUUCAUGAGCUUGGUUGAAAGUAUUGAUGAAGCAUUAAAGGCCCUUAAUCAGGAACAAAUCAUGGGAAAAAUUCUUGGUGGCUCAUAUUCUGAUCAGAAAAUUUGCAAAGGAUGCCCACACAGGUAUUCUAAAGAGGAGCCAUUUAGUGUUAUAAGUGUGGACAUCAGAAAUCACAGUAAUCUCCUUGACUCAUUGGAGCAGUAUGUGAAAGGUGAACUUCUUGAGGGAGCUGAUGCAUACCACUGUGAAAAGUGUAACAAAAAAGUUGUUACAGUUAAGCGGUUAUGUGUGAAGAAGUUGCCACCAAUUUUAGCCAUUCAGCUUAAGAGAUUUGAAUAUGAUUUUGAACGUGUUUGUGCAAUUAAGUUCAAUGACUACUUUGAAUUCCCAAGAGAUUUAGACAUGGAACCAUACACAGUUUCAGGCCUUGCAAAAUUGGAAGGUGAAAUGAUUGACUAUGAAGAAAUUUCAAAGGACUUGUGUACAAAAUAUCAGUUAUCAGGAAUUGUUGUUCACAGUGGUCAAGCCAGUGGUGGACAUUACUACUCUUACAUCUUGCACAAGCAAAAUGAUGGUACUUCGAAGUGGUACAAAUUUGAUGAUGGUGAAGUGAGCGAGUGUAAAAUGGAUGAUGAUGAAGAAAUGAAGACACAGUGCUUCGGUGGUGAUUAUAUGGGAGAGGUGUUUGACCACAUGUUGAAGAGAAUGAGCUACAGGAGACAGAAGCGCUGGUGGAAUGCCUAUAUGUUGUUCUACACACGUCUGGACGUGGAAGAGAACCUUCUUGUGAAGAGCUUCAAUGAACUAUCAUUAUCAGAUUCUAAACAUGGUAUCCUGAAAAUGCCCCCAGCAAUUGAAAGAAGUGUAAGGAAGCAAAACAUUAAGUUCAUGCAUAAUCGUAACCAGUUUUCAGCAGAAUAUUUUCAGUUUAUUAGAAAAUUAGUGUCUUGUAACAGUACCCCCCUAAAUCGACAACAUAAUACAGAUAAACUGAGCCCAGAAGGUGAAGAAUUAGCCAUGUUGAGCGUGCAGUUGGCAUCUAGGUUUCUUUUUCACACGGGGUUCCACACAAAAAAAACUCUGCGUGGCCCAGCGUCAGAGUGGUACGAAGUUCUCUGCCACCAUCUUCAGGCAUCAAAGCAUGUUCGUUGGUGGUUUGCACAUAAUGUGCUUUUCCAGCACCCUCAUAGGUUUUGUGAAUAUUUACUUAGUUGUCCAAGCACUGAAGUAAGAUCAGCCUUUAUGAAAAUAAUAGUUUUCCUGGCACACUUUUCACUUCAAGAUGGCCCAUGUGCCCCACCAAUGCUUGACGCUCCAAGUAUACUUCUGGAUCCACAUGCCACACUCAGUGACCAUCUCUUGCACGCUGUUCUCUUACUUCUGCAUAAGGAGGUGUCUGAUCAUGGACGCCACCUACCACAUUACUUCUCGUUAUUCCACAUGUAUGCAUCCUUAGGGAUUCCAGAAAGGACUCAACUUUUGAAGUUGAAUGUACCAGCAACAUUCAUGUUGGUAGCACUUGAUGAAGGCCCCGGACCACCAAUAAAAUACCAAUAUCCCGAGCUGACAAAGUUGCAUCAGGUUGUAUCCCAACUUAUUCGCUGCUGUGAUGUUAGUAAGAAGUGCCAGUCAUCACAGUCACAACAGGGUGUGCUGCCAUUGCCAAAUCCUUAUGGUGAUCCAGCUUGUCCUGAUUACAUCAUGCCUAUUCAGCCACAAGCAGCAGAGAUCCUUUUUGGUAGGACAAGCUAUAUAAAAAAAGUAAUUGAAGAUGCAAAUCUCUCGGAAGAGACAGUAAAACUACUGCAGUUUUGCUGCUGGGAGAAUCCUCACUUCUCACGCAUUGUUUUGAGCGAGCUGCUGUGGCAGAUAGCCUACGCUUACUGCCACGAACUGAGGCAUCACAUGGACCUACUGUUGAGCAUGCUGCUUAUGGAAGACUCUUGGCAAACACACCGGAUUCAUAAUGCACUGAAAGGUGUUCCAGAAGAACGAGAAGGUUUAUUUGAUACAAUACAACGUAGUAAAAACCAUUAUCAGAAACGAGCAUACCAGUGCAUAAAGUGCAUGGUUGCCCUCUUUUCCAAAUGCCGUGCAGCUUUGCAAAUGUUACAUACAAAUGGAGAAUUGAAGAGGAAAUGGGCACUAGCUGUUGAAUGGUUGCAGGACGAACUUGAAAGGCGGCCUUAUCCACCAAAUGCACAAUAUAGUUACAAUAAUUGGUCACCCCCUGCCCAGUCAAAUGAAUCCACCAAUGGCUACUAUUUGGAGAGGUCAAACAGUGCCAGGAAAACGUUGGAGAGAGCUUGUGAGCUUUGUCCUGAAGAGGAACAGGAGAUGGAGGAAAUGUCUGAAGAAGGUGAUAGCCCUCAGCCUGAAGAACAGCAUCAGCAACCACCUCAGAAUGCACCAUUUACACCUGCAUAUUCCAUAAGUAGCCCUUUGACAAGUCAGCGGUUCAUAAAUAGAAGGGCACUGGGAACAAGAAUGAUAACAACAAACCCUAGCAGCAGCAGUAUGCAGCCACCAGUGGAACAAGUGACAAAUGAGGAGACUGUUGCAAACCUCUUGCCAGAACAUGACGAUGGACCAGAAAAUUCAACUACUGUAUCAGAUGAAUAUACACAGCCACCAGUUUUAGAUAACCAGUCAUCAUCCUUAACCGACGCGUAAUGAAGUCCCGCUACGGAUAUUAGGAAUAAGACUUUCUGUAAAAAGAAAGUAAAAAACAUUAGAGCAAGUGGAAUUGCAGCACCAAAUAUUAAUUGUGCUUUAGCCAUUAAAUGUCAUUUUGGAUCACUUGCAAAUGUAUAUAAGUAAGUUUUUAAGUUUUACCAGUUUUGUUAAGUUUUGCAUUACGGACCGGUAAUUCUUUGAUAAUUAAAUUAUCCUAAUCAUGUGCACUGAUCGUGAAGAGGGAUUAAAUAGACAAUUUUUUUAGCUCCCUCAUUUCUGUCGCUGGAAGACGGCAAAUGAAAUGUGUAGACAUUUUUAGUGGAAAUUAAGCUGCUCAUACAGUUCUUAUGGACAGUUAUGAACAGGCUGUGACUAGUGUUUAAAUAUAUAUGAAACAAGUUUUCUUGUUACAUACUAAUUUUUAUUGACUGCAUUUGACUAAUCUGGUAUUGUUGACAGAUGUAAGAGCUAAAUGUGAUCUAGAAGCCAUAUUUUGUAAAGAGAUUGUUAUAUGAAAGACACAUUGCACAUUUUUUAUUUGUUUGUUUUACUGGUGUAUAUUUGGCAGUUGAAUCAUUUUCAGUUGCUAGUUGGUUUCUUCUGAAAUGGUGUGCGAUUUAGAAAGUGUUGUAAACUCCACCAGUAAACUGCAGGUAUUAACAAUUUGUAAUAGAAGUGUAAAGAAGCAAAUAGAUUCAUGGGAAAUUUGUUACCUUGUUUAUUAGCUCUGGAAGUCUGUCAAAAUUGUUGAGCUUUGAGCAGGACUAAGGCUAAAAUGUGAAUUGUAGUUAUGUACACACAGAUUAGAAGUCAAUGUGUUUGGAUCAAAUUUUUGUUCUGUUUUACUGUAAGAAUGUGUGCUCUGCUUGACUGCCAUUUAAAAACUCAUGCUUCAAGUAAUGUGAAUGCAGGUAAAGCCCAUAGUAAUCAUGUUCAAAACAUCUGAUAAGUAUCUGUAAUAUGUUUUAGGUUAUUUGAAAUUUUCCUCACAUUGUUGCUUAUUUUGGACCAUUCGAUAUUGUUAAACACAGCAUACCUUCUUUGUUUUGCUUUGCUGUUGUGAUGUUAAUAUAAUGUAUUUCAAAUUUGUAUGAUUAGUAGACUGACUGGAAAAUAUUUUUUUUUAACUGGUGGAAGCCAUCUUUUGCUCUACAGUGGAAACUGAGUGGAAAAGUUAUGGUACAACAUGUAACUGGUGCUUAAGCAAUUGAGAAGUGCACAUCUGGUCUCAUGUUGUCAAAGUUGCAAUUUCUACUUUUAUAAUUGAAAAGUGACCUUCUGAUGAAAUUGGGAAAGUGGUACAUCAUUUCCAUUCAGCAGUUAACGAGUUCUUUUUCGAGAAAAUUUUUAGAACAGAAGUUCUCUUUAUGGAGUGGUUAGAUAGAAAAGGAUACUUGUUUGUUAAUUAUGCAAUAUACACCCACAUUGAGUGUGUCACGGAAUCUGACUAACAUUUAAUUCUUGGUGUUCAGUUGGUAGCCCAAUCAUUUGCAUGUAUGGGGUUGAACAGUUAAUAGCCACACUUGGUGAUCGUUAAAUAAUAACUUUUGUGCCUUUAACUCAAGGAGCUCUAGUGUGUGAGGAGCCAUUUCAGUUUUGCUCAUAUUGAAGAUGACUUGUAUUGUGGGAUUCCAUCUGUCCAGCAUCAGCAUUUUUUAGCUGCCAUAUUGUACGUUAGAGAAGUACCUGAAUCCUCCUCAUUUUUAAGUACAGUAGUUUGUAUUCUUGUGAAACCAAAGAUGAUUUUUUGUUAUGACUUUGUUAAAGUUAGUAAUUAUUUUUUAUCAAACCCUUUGUGUGAUUAAGAGAGAAAUUUUCAUUUUAUGCUUUUAGUAAUUUUUUGCUGUUAACCUGUUUUAAUUCCUCCUCUGGUAUGCUCUUACAGCUAUCAUGCUUUAUUAAAACAAAGAUGCUGUAACAUCACAUACGCUUGAAAGUAUGUUCGCAUUAGUUCGUGUAACAAGCACAUUUUUGUAUCUAUUUGAGAACUGUUUUAGGGUGUUUGAAAGUAAUAUGUUGUUUGCUGUGUGCAUAGUGUUUUAUCUUGGUAACAAGAAAAUGCAAAUUGUAGGUCAUGUGGUACUGGUGUAGGCUAUUUCUGGUGCCCUGUCCCUUCCUUGCCUCCCAUCAAACAUUCUUUACAUGAAAGUGUGCUUGUGUAACAUUCUUUUUGGAGAUGUUACUGAUCCUCAAUUUCUGUUUACAUUAAAUAGAAAUUGCCUAAAACUAGCUUUAUUUUAAUUUUUAUUGUCCUGAGAACUAUAAGAAAAAUCUGAUAGUGAUAUUUCAGAAACAAAAAUUCUUGGUACUUGCUCAGUCUUAUGAUAUAUAUUGGAAUUAUUUACAACAAUUGUUAAAAUUUGAAAGUUUUGUCCAUUUGUGUUAUUCAAGUGGUUCAUUUGUGUUAUUACUACAGCACUGGAAAACUGGCUCACUCAUUUGCAUCUUCCACAUUUUUCUUUUACGUUUAUCUUCAGUUCACUUAUUGAUCCUCUGCCAUUGUGGUUACCUCAGAAAGUAAAUUAUUGUGAUUGGAGAAUAGUUUUGCAGCCUACAUACAUGACUUUCGAUGAAAAGAUAAUACACAUAAUAUUAAUAUCUAACUAGGUGUUUUGCUGCAGUUAGUGAUAUUGUAUUUAUUGAAGGCUGAUGAAAUGAGACUGUCGGGGUUCAUUUCCUGCAUCACAGUUGCUUGAAGAAAAGUUUUACUUAUGACACUGCAUCUUGCUGCACACAGUAUAAGAAUUCUAAUUAAAUUCAGUUUUGGCCCUCCAAUGAAGUCUGGCAGAUACAGAAACCACAAUUUACAAAGCACUAAUUCUGAUAACAGUGUCAACUGUGAUGUAUUUGUUGUGAGAACAGUGUCGUAUAGUGCAGUUCUACUAAAAACAUACGC